GCCCAGAUCUCCCAGCUCCCCUGGUUGGCCCUUCCGGGAGCCGCCCAGUCUCUGGUGCAGGAAGGGGAAGGGGCCAAAGUGUGGGGGAAGGCGUGGCAGGAAGGGGGGAGCUCUGUGGUCAGGGAACUGCGCUGAGCACAGCUGCGUGGUGCUGUCAGAGCGUCCGAUCCCCACCUCAACGGCCCCUCAGCCCCCUGCCCAAGAUGAUUCCAGCAGUGAUCUUGCUCUUACUCCUUUUGGUUGAACAAGCAGCGGCACUGGGAGAGCCUCAGCUCUGCUAUAUCCUGGAUGCUAUCCUGUUUUUGUACGGUAUUGUCCUCACCCUGCUCUACUGUCGCCUCAAGAUCCAAGUGCGAAAGGCAGCUACAGCCAGCUAUGAGAAAUCAGAUGGCGUUUACACGGGCCUGAGCACCCAGAACCAGGAGACUUAUGAGACUCUGAAGCAUGAGAAACCAGCGCAGUAGCUUUAGAACAGUUGCCUGUGGUCACAUCCUUCUUUGGCUUCUAGUUCUCACAGCCCUCAUGGUUGAUUGACAUCACAUAUGCUUCCAUGCUAUUAAUGCCAGCUGACCCGACCCCUGUAAUGAUGCUAUGAACCAAAUUAAAGUACACCAGGGUUGCUCCUUCCUGUCAAAGACUAAUGCUCAGAUGCUGUUCAUUGAUGUUUAUGUUCUAGUCUCACUCUCUCACCCAUCCUUCUCUUCCCCAUCCUGAACUCCUGUUCAACAAUGGGAAGGGAGUAUACCCAAUAAAGCUGCCACAGACUGGA